UUUCUGUGGAUGCCAGGAGCACAUCCACACUAAUGGGUGCUGACUUCAGGGUAUUUUAGCAGACGCCACAUCUACAUGAGAUUCACCACAUUUCAUUAUCUCCAUUUGUUAUUUUGUAGAGGUCAGACACACUGGUCUGACCGACCAUCCCUCUCUAGUGGAUACUGAAUUCCCUCUCCUCUGAAGAUGUUGGGGAAGGAUUAUAUGCUUGCUAUCAUCAUCGUUAAUUAUGAUGAUAAUCUUUGGAGUGACCAGACCCUGGAAGCUGAUCCUGAUCUUCCACCAGGAUGGAGAACAAUUCGUGACACAUCCGGGACCUAUUACUGGCAUGUACCAACAGGAACCACUCAAUGGCAACACCCAAAGUAUAGUUCAAGCUCAACACAUGGCUUAGUCCCAAUCCAGGAAAAGAAAGACCUCCAAUCCUCUGUGAGUGAUGUACCCCCAGCACGGCCAUUUUCUUCCACAGGGAUUGCAGACAGACGGCGUUCUCUUCCUUGGCAUGACGAGGACUUAUUUUACAAUAUUGAUGAACCAGGCUCUAAGAGUUUUGCGGUUCACUGUCUUGGAUGGGUGGAAAUCCCAGAAGAAGACCUUGCACCAGGAAAGAGCAGUAUUACAGUUAAUAACUGUAUCCAGCAACUUGCACACACUAAAUGUGAUGGCACAGACAUACUGGGACCAACAAAUGACGGUCAAAAUAUGGUCAUGAUCUUGAAAAAUGAUACUAUGAGUUUGGUUGAUCCACUCGAUCACAGUUUAAUCCACUCUCAGCCCAUCACUAACAUCCGCGUGUGGGGGGUUGGCUGUAAUAAUGGCAGAGACAGGGAUUUUGCUUUUGUGGCUAAUGACAAAGAUACCUGCAUGCUCAAGUGUCAUGUUUUUCACUGUGAUGUCCCAGCAAAAGCUAUUGCAAGUGCUCUGCAUGACAUGUGCUCUAAGAUCAUGGCAGAAAGAGCAGUAGCCAGUAAUAGCAUCACUCGUUCUGUUACAUUGGAGACGAUAUCACCAGAGAGUUUACCAGUUCAAGUUGAUAUUUUGGAUGCUGUGAGACAAUCCACUAAGAAGUGUGACGUUCUUUACCUUGGCAGUCUGCCUGUUUCAAAACCAAUGGGUAUAGAGGUAUUGAAUGAUACAAUUGAAAAUGUAACCAGCAACACACUCAGGGAAGAUUGGAGACCUGCUGUCAUCGAAGUUACUGAUACUGUGCUAACAGUGCGUCAAAAAGAGGAUGCUGAAGAGGAUCCCAUAUGGCAAUGCCAAGUUCGUUAUGUAACAUUCAUUGGCAUCGGAAAAGACCCUCAUACUUUUGCAUUAAUUGUGGAUGUGGGAAAGCAGUGCUUCCAGUGCACGGUGUUUUGGUGUGAGCCAGAUGCCGGGAAUGUGUCUGAAGCUGUCCAGGCUGCAUGUAUGGUUCAGUACCAGAAAUGUGUAGUCGCUUCAUCUUCAAGGAUAAAAACGAAAGCUCCUGGGAAAUCACUUCUGAAAAUAAAGAGGACUACUAGUGUAGAUUCUCCAAUUUCUCCAUUCACUUCUAGUGGUCACAAUCUGCAGAAAAAUACGGGAACAGGUAAAAGAAGAGGAGUCAUGGCUUUCUUUGAAUCAUUUAAACAGAAACAUGCCAUGCAUACACCUUAAACAGAUAUUGAUUAUUCUUUUUUUUAAGUUAAUCACAUAUUUUGUAGAUCUUUUAGUAGGUUUUUGAGAUUUCAGACAAUAUAUAUAUAUAUAUAUAUAUAUAUAUAUAUAUAUAUUAAGCUCUGAAAAGACCUGGUGCUGAAUCAGAGGAUUUAGCAUUAAAUUAUAUUGAAGCAUGUGCUUAGGGGAUAGAGGAUUAACAUUUUUGGUGCCAAGAUGUAUUCCUGUUGUGGGGAUUGUCCAAAAUCCACUGAAUUCUAUGUUAUCUAAGAAAUCCAUUACUGGAAGCGAUGUUACGCUGCGUUGCUUCAUCUACACUGAAUUAAACCCUUUUGAAACUGGAUGCAGCAUUGGAAACAUUAUUCCUACUGCCAUUAAAUGCCCAAACUGUCUCCAGAAGUUUUAUUUUUAAACUAGUAAAGCUUUGCUUCAUUAAUCAUUUUUGCCAGAAAUGCAAUCAUCAUGUGACACAAAAGCAGGCACUGAUAAGCUGUUGUCAUGGAAACGAAAUUU